CAAGGCUUAAGGCUAACCCCAGACUAAAAUGAAUGUUUGAGCAGUCUUAACUGAAAAUAACUCGCCUUAAAACAUCUUAAAGUAUGUCAGCGCCAUUGUUUCGUGUAAAGAUGCACACCCGUAAUGUUUUUUUUUUUUACAAAAGUAGCUUAAAUAUCCUAAUUUAACUAAGGGUUAACUAAGCCCUGUCUGUGAAUCCGGGCCUUUAUGUCUAGAAUUUACAGACAUACACAUAUUAUUUUAUUAGCAAAUUUCUUGAGGUGUCACCCUGAGAUGAAGGACUUCUUGCAUUCAUCUGCAUAGCGAAAUAUAUAACCCUUUUGCUAUAACUCGAGUAUUGAUGACUAAAUGGUGAACAUAAAUUUCUGUUUUUACACCCCCUGUGUGUGUACUGGCUUUGAUUUCAAACCUCUAAGUUGUAAUACGUGUCAUCCACUAGAUGGCGGCAACUUCACACUGUGAAUUCCCUCGAAAGCGCAUUCCCUUACAUUACUGUAAAAUCAUUUAUCAGAACUUUCACGCUGUACAAGCAGAUGCUGCAAGAUAAGUCUAGAAUAAAGCGUGCGAAUUGCGAUCGUCACAAAAAUAUCGGACUGCAUUUCCCGGCAACGUCCUCACGAUGAAGCAGCAGCAACCCAGUGACGAUGAGAAGAGAGGAUGCGAGAGGGAUGCGUACUCGUGACGUCAGUGACGCACCUGCUCUGUCGCAUCAUCUCACUGGCGCUGGUUUAGAAUGAACAUUCCCCUCUCAUCCGAUGCCUCCAACGUGCGCGGAACCGCUGCAUAAUCGGACACAUUUCAAAGGAAAUGAAAGCUGAUCCUACGAACAAACAGUCUUUUUCCUUUUCUCUGGGAGGAGCUGUCAUUUGAAGUUUGAGCCGUGCGCUCUCGCGCUCACAUAAAUGACCGUUCAACAAGAGAGUUGCUUUCAUUUCAUUCACAGAUAGCAGCAGCGAUGGCAGGGACGGUCACGGGCAUGGUCUUUUCCGACGUCGAAAGUUUUCUAGACGAGCACCCUGAAUUACUAGAGGACUAUUUGAACCGCAAGGGGAAGCACGGCUUGGUGGAAAAGUGGCUGAAGAGCCAACAAGCCGCCAAAACUCCGGCGAACUCCGGCGCGGACGCGGAGAAACCCGCGGGCGCCGGCGGCAAGGACAGCUGGGCGAGCCGGAGCGACGGGCUGCAGAGACGCGCGUCCCAGAAAGAGCUGCGCAGAACAUUCGCCAGGUCCAAGGCCAUCAAUGCCAACAGGACUUACGACGAGCACGUGAACUCCAGAGCGCAGGAGCCGCUGACCAGCAUGCGGAGGCGCGCGCUCCUGCGUAAAGCCAGCUCGUUGCCACCGACCACCGCGCACAUCCUCUCCGCCCUGCUGGAGUCCCGGGUCAACAUCCCACAGUACCCAUCCACCGCCGUCGACUACAAAUACUACCUGAAAGAGCACAGCGAGAGGGAGUUCUUUCUGGAGCUCGUCAAAGACAUCUCCAACGACCUGGACCUGACCAGUCUCAGCUACAAGAUCCUGGUGUUUGUGUGCAUCAUGGUGGACGCCGACCGCUGCUCGCUGUUUUUGGUGGAGGGCCCUGCCAAUAAGAAGUCCCUGGUGUCCAAGUACUUCGAUGUUCACGCUGGAACCGCGGUCCUGCCUUCUCUGAGGAACUCGGAUGAGGUGCAGGUUCCCUGGGGAAAGGGAAUCAUUGGAUAUGUGGCGGAGCACGGGGAAACGGUCAACAUUCCCGAUGCGUAUCAGGAUCAUCGCUUCAGUGAUGAGAUUGAUAAACUCACAGGAUACAAGACCAAGUCUCUGUUGUGCAUGCCCAUCAGAAACAGUGAUGGAGAGGUCAUCGGGGUCGCACAGGCCAUCAACAAGAGUCCCAAUGGAGCGCUCUUCACCGAAGACGACGAGAAGGUGUUGCAGAUGUAUCUGCCCUUCUGCGGUAUCGCCAUCUCAAACGCCCAGCUGUUCGCUGCCUCCCGGAAAGAGUACGACAGGAGCAGGGCUCUUCUGGAGGUGGUGAAUGAUCUGUUUGAGGAGCAGACUGAUCUGGAGAAGAUCGUGAGGAAGAUCAUGCAUCGAGCUCAGACUCUGCUGAAGUGUGAACGCUGCUCCGUCCAGUUGCUGGAGGACAUCGAAUCUCCGGUGGUGAAGUUCACCAAAUCCUUUGAGCUACUUUCACCCAAGUGCAGCGCUGACAUGGAGAACAGCUUCAAGGACAGCAUGGAAAAAUCCUCCUACUCUGAUUGGCUGAUUAAUAACAGUAUAGCCGAGCUGGUCGCCUCCACCGGACUGCCCGUGAACAUCAGUGAUGCCUACCAAGACCCGCGCUUCGACGCUGAGGCGGAUCAGUUCUCUGGCUUUCAUAUUCGCUCAGUUCUUUGUGUCCCUAUCUGGAACAGUAACCAUCAAAUCAUAGGUGUGGCUCAGGUCUUGAACAGAUUGGAUGGGAAACCGUUUGAUGAUUUGGAUCAGAGGCUGUUUGAGGCGUUCGUCAUUUUCUGUGGACUUGGAAUCAAUAAUACAAUUAUGUAUGACCAAGUGAAGAAGUCCUGGGCCAAACAGUCUGUUGCUCUGGAUGUGUUGUCAUAUCAUGCCACAUGCUCAAAGACUGAAGUGGAUAAGUUUAAGGCAGCAAACAUCCCUCUGGUGUGUGAGCUAUGCAUUGAUAAACUGUCGUUCGAUGACUUCUCUCUGGACGUGGAUGCCAUGAUCACUGCAGCUCUGCGCAUGUUUAUAGAGUUGGGAAUGCUGCAGAAAUUCAAGAUAGACUAUGAGACUCUCUGUCGGUGGCUGUUGACAGUGAGGAAGAACUACCGCAUGGUUCUGUAUCACAACUGGAGACACGCAUUCAAUGUUUGCCAGUGCAUGUUCUCAAUGCUGACAACGGCUGGUUUCCAGGAGACACUGUCACAGAUGGAGAUUCUGGCUUUGAUAGUCGGCUGCAUUUGUCAUGAUUUGGACCACAGAGGGACCAACAACGCCUUCCAAGCCAAGACAGGCUCGGCUCUCUCGCUCCUGUACGGGACAUCAGCCACGCUGGAACAUCAUCACUUCAAUCACGCUGUCAUGAUCCUGCAGAGCGAGGGUCACAAUAUCUUCUCCAAUCUGUCAUCAAAAGAGUACAGUGAACUCAUGCAGCUCCUCAAACAAUCCAUUCUGGCUACAGACCUCACGCUGUACUUUCAAAACAGAAAUUCAUUCUUUGAGCUGGUGAAUAAAGGCGAAUACAACUGGAACGUGAAGGAACACAGAGACAUGUGCAGGUCGAUGUUGAUGACAGCGUGUGAUCUGGGAGCUGUCACUAAACCCUGGGAGAUUUCUUGCAAGGUGGCCGAGCUGGUGACCAGUGAGUUCUUUGAGCAGGGAGACAGAGAGAGGUCUGAACUCAAACUCAUUCCCUCGGCUAUUUUUGACCGGAACCGUAAGGAUGAGCUGCCGGGUUUACAGCUGGAGUGGAUUGAUGGGAUCUGUGCUCCGCUAUAUGAGACUUUUGCGAAAUUGAACCCCAAACUACAGCCGAUGGUUGACUUGAUCCAGGCCAAUCGUGCGAAAUGGGAGGAGCUUCACCACAAACACCAGCGCAGUCAGGAAUCAAGCAGUCCCGGGCCCGGCAGUCCAUGCGAAGGCGAGUCCGCAGCGUCCGGCUGCAGCUGUGCAAGCCCCAGCGACGGCGGUCCCUUCCGCUCCGUCAGCUAACUCACGGACCAGAACGCCACGUUUCGCCGUACUCUUCUCUCCGACCGCAGGAGGAGUUUGGAUCUUUGCUGCACGCGUCAGACCAGCAGGCAUUACCUCAUAGCGCCCUCUAGCGGCCAUUUGCUCUGUCUGUGAGCACCGCGGACAACUGCGACUUGGUUUGUGUCGUCUCCACAGACUGCACGUUUAGCUAGCGACGACUCGUUUGUGUGGAGAAAUCUUAGGGAUGUCUAAAGCCCAGGGAGCUAAAUGAGCUAAUUUAGGGCUAGCAUGCGAACACAGAGACUCUGCCAUGUGAUUGGUUGAUUGUUUUUAUAAGCUACUUUACGCAGGGACGGUUUACUGAGGAUCGUCGCUGUUUUAAUGGUAUUAUAGCGUUAUUUUUCCCGUGUAGCUUUGACUUGCGUUGGUAAAUGAACACAUAUCUGAAGCACUGGAGCUCGAUUCUGUGUUGUGUGCAUUUCAGCAGAGCGAAUGGUCAAUGCAGUAUGUUUAGCCGCUGUCGUUUUGGCUGUUACAUUUAGUCCAGAAUCGUGGAGCUUUAGGCUCUUGGUAAUGCUUGCAAUACAAAUCCACUCCAGCGCUGUUCUCUGUGCCUUGGUUUAAAGCCCCCCCCCCCCACACCCAAUGUUAAUGCAUGCAGACCACCCCACCCCACCCCUGCAUUACACUUCAUACUGUAUGUCAUUGGAGCUGUGUUGUCUUUAGAUUCUCUGCUUCUUUUACCCUCAUUUAUAAGCUCAUGGUCGAGAAAUGGAUGCGUUAUGUGUGUGACCUUCAUUGUCAGCUGUCAUCUGUGUGUUUACAGGAUUACCUCAAACCCCAACCCAAUACACAGAAUAUUUACCCAACUAAACAUCAGCACUGUUUUGGUUUUAUACAUUUAGCACUCUAAACUGAGACAUAUGUGCCUUUAUAAAGAAAGCCACUUCAACACUUAACCCGUUCUCAGAGUUUUUACUACACCUGGCCUAUAUUCAAUUCAAUCCAGUUUUAUUUCUAUAGAGCUUUUCACAGAUUUGCAUUGUUGCAAAGUAGCUUUACAAUAAAUAUAUAUUAGGACAGAAAUCGAAACAAUGAUAUAAGAUGAUUUUGAUAUGAGGAAUUUUGCUUUUAAAAAUGAAUCGUGACAGUUUUUAUGACAAAUAAGCACAUCCAUUCAAAUUCAUGACCCUGUUCAACUGUAAUGAAAAUCAAUAUUUGUUAAAUAUCAUCAUUUGAGAUUCACUCACAAUUGCAAAAUACAACGCACAAUAUCAACAAAAAAUAAUAAUUUCACAUUAAUUUACGAUUUUUUGUUGUUGAGGGAGACAGAAACAUAUUUUAACAAAUAGCUUUAAUCAAAUUGCUGACACAGAUUCUUAUCUAAUCCUGAAUGCUCAACAGAACAGCCAGAAACUUGAAUACUCAAAAUGUAUUUAAAUAAUCAGAUUUGUUAACCAGCAUUUUUGUAGACAGAGCAUGAAUUCUAUGACUAUUACAUUGUGUUUUGGAAAAAACAGCCAUUUGGGCCUUUCUCGAGACCGUGAAAGACAUCGGCUGUUCUCUGAAACAGAGAAGUGAUGGUCUGCCAUCACAGGAAACCAUGCGAAGAAAACGUAAAGCCUCAAAGUCAUAUGCAGAUAGAAGCACGAGCAUUCACUCACAUCUGACAUGUGUUUGUUCAGUUCUUUUCUGCAUAUUCCUGAUAUUAAAUAUCCCAUAUCUCUGCGAAGAGUUUUGUUAUAAAAUGAGAUAACUAUGUUUUUAAAAAUCUUCAAAAAUCAUGUUUUUAUAUUGUGCAUUUCAAUUAAUAUCAAUCAAACUGCAUUUGUUUUGUUUUGAUUUAAGUUGUAAUUACAUAAAAAAUACAGCUAACUAACACAAUAAAAAUAUGAUAACAUAAUAAAAACGGAGUUAUCUCAUUUUGGAACCAAACUCUACUUGACUAAACUCCUUCAUGUGCUGGAAACACAUCCACCUGCUCUUGGGAAAUGAAUAAAAUGGCAACAGAUAAAGAGUGAAGUGCAUGCCUUAAAAAGAGAUUCAUACUGUCAUUAUUCUUUACUUUUAUUUAAUGUACCUGCAUGAAACGAAAGCAAGGAAUAGUUUCAUAUUGUAAAGUUGCAUUGUUUUGAACGUUUUUCAAUUGGUUCUUGUUAUUAUCACAGAUGUUUGGAUUAUUCUCUGAGGCUCUUUUGAAUCGUCUUGUUUUCCUGGUUCAACGCUUCUUUUGUCUGACACAGAUUUCUUGAGAAUUUUUGAAGCAUGAUUUCUGGAAGUGUCCGAUUCAAAUAAACGUGCUGCUAGUAAUGUUUCGUGUCUCUGUUGUACAUUUAUUGUGCGUGUGUGGAGGGGGUUUUGCGUUUGGUGCACAUCACACAUUUUAACCAGUGGAUGAGGUGAGAUCCAUUCAAGUCGAUCCUGUCCCAAAUGGCGCACUUCACGUGGACUUAAAUUGCGCGUGCUCGCCAAGUCUACUUGUGUCCCAUUUGUCUUUUUUGCGCUCAGAGGUGUGCUCGCGAGCGCCAAAGACCGCAUUGAAACGGAGUUACCAACCCAGGAAUCCUUGCGAACGACCAAUCAGAGAACGGAUGGGAGGAGUGUCGUGGAUGGCAGACAUGCCUAAACAUGACAGAUCAGUUUUAAAUGUAUGUAUGUUUCGAUAAAACUCAAAAUAUAUAAUUUUUAUUAUUGCUUACUUAUUUCUUAUUAAGCCAACUAUUAAAGUAUACAAAACUUGUAAUGCAAUGCGUUUUCUUAAGGUAAAAAGCUUAUAUUUAAUCGUCUGGGCUCUGUAAAGCAGAACAACACAGCUUCUGUAUUAUACAGACAUG